AUGAAUAAAAUUGAACUAGUCACACAACCUGCUUCUACCCAAGACCUGUCUGCUUCCCCACAAGAAUCUACGCUCAAAAAAUUAAAAGGUUUAGUUCAAGAUAAUCCUCCUGUUGAGGACGAGGAAAAACUCGACUCUCAGCCUGGAAAUGAAACAACAAGCCCAUCAGCUGAGGUGGAAAGAAACAAGCGUGAAGGUAUAAUUGAAUCUGCUGAAAGCAAAAAAAGGAAAGACGCUGCAAAAGCAACUGAACCUGAAUUUGAUGACGAUGGACUAGAGAUUCCUCAAGGAAAAAUUCCUUUGGAUGGUCAUUUUUCUACAGAUGAGAUGCAAGAGCUUAUCAGCAUUGCCCAGAGUAAGGAUAUGAUAAGCCAUUCUGUAAAGUUAUCUGUAAUAGGACAGAAUGAAGUAGUCGGUGAUAAGAUUGUAAUAUCGGAAGAACAUCAAGAAAAUAAUGAGGACAAGGAUGAAUCUGAAAAGGAUUAA